CCCAAACGUGACGUGUACGACAUGCCACAAACGUAUAGAUUAGGUCUGGUUGGAUAGGCAGUGGCACCCCCCCCCCUUUGUCUGGGUCGUUUUGGUCUCGCCCAAACUUGGUUCGUAUUUUUGUUCUCCUUCUAUGAGGAAUCGCUUCAUUCUGUUCUCGCAAGAGGCUGCAUACGUCUAUAUACAGUCCUAUGGUCAAUGGCUGUCUGGACGUCUUUUAUUUGAAUGUCUGGGCUUUGUAUAUUUCUGUCCUGAGAAACCCCAUGCAGUAAUGGAUACCUUAUGGAUUUUAUGGAUAAUACCCGCAGCAUUUGCUGUAGAAGAGACGCUGAUGGAUUCCACCACGGCCACAGCUGAGCUGGGCUGGACGGUGUACCCCGUCUCCGGGGUGAGUGACAACAGUUGGGAGGAGGUGAGUGGCUAUGACGAGAACAUGAACACCAUCCGCACCUACCAGGUGUGCAACGUCUUCAGCAGCAACCAGAACAACUGGGUGCGCACAAAGUACAUCCGGCGGCGCGGCGCGCUCCGCAUCCACGUGGAGAUGAAAUUCUCCGUGCGCGACUGCAGCAGCAUCCCCAACGUGCCGGGAUCCUGCAAGGAGACCUUCAACCUCUACUACUAUGAGUCCGACUCAGACACGGCAACCAAGACCUUCCCCCCUUGGAUGGAGAACCCCUGGAUCAAGGUGGACACCAUCGCGGCCGAUGAGAGCUUCUCGCAGGUGGAUCUGGGCGGUCGUGUGAUGAAGAUCAACACGGAGGUGCGCAGUUUCGGCCAACUGUCCCGCCAAGGAUUCUACCUGGCCUUCCAGGACUACGGCGGCUGCAUGUCGCUUAUCGCCGUGCGCGUCUUCUACCGCAAGUGCCCCCGCGUCAUCCAGAACGGCGCCAUCUUCCAGGAGACCCUGACCGGGGCAGAGAGCACUUCGUUGGUGGUGGCGUGGGGCGUGUGUAUCCCCAAUAGUGAGGAGGUGGAUGUCCCCAUAAAGCUGUACUGCAAUGGCGAUGGGGAGUGGAUGGUCCCUAUCGGGCGCUGCAUUUGCAAGGCUGGUCACGAGGCAUCCGAGAACAAGACGAUCUGCAGAGCGUGUCCCUCCGGCUUCUUCAAGCCCUCCCAGGGCGACGAGGCGUGCCUGCAGUGCCCCAUCAACAGUCGCACCACCAGCGAGGGUGCCACCAGCUGCGUGUGCCGCAACGGCUACUACCGCACCGACUCGGACCCCAUCCAGAUGCCCUGCACCACGGUCCCCUCGGCCCCCCAGAGCAUCAUCUCCAGCGUGAACGAGACCUCACUGACGCUGGACUGGUCGUCCCCGCGGGAGUCGGGCGGCCGCGACGACGUUGUCUACAACGUCAUCUGCAAGAGCUGCGGGGGCGGGCGUGGUGGGGGCUGCACGCGCUGCGGCGACAACGUGCGCUUCACGCCGCGGCAGCUGGGCCUGACGGAGCCGCGCGUGCACGUCAGCGAGCUGCUGGCUCACACCCGCUACACCUUCGAGGUGCAGGCCGUCAACGGCGUCUCCGACCAGAGCCCCUACUCGCCGCAGUACGCUGCUGUCAACAUCACCACCAACCAGGCCGCGCCUUCAGCGGUGUCCAUCAUUCACCAGGUGAGCCGCACCGUGGACAGCAUCACGCUCUCCUGGUCCCAGCCGGACCACCCCAAUGGGGUCAUACUGGACUAUGAGCUGCAGUACUAUGAGAAGGAUCAGUCAGAGUACAACUCGUCCACCGUGAAGAGCCAGACCAACACAGCAGUCAUACGGGGCCUCAAACCCGGAGCCAUCUACGUGUUCCAAGUACGGGCCAGGACUGUGGCAGGCUUUGGCCGCUACAGUGGGAAGAUGUACUUCCAGACCAUGACCGAAGACGAAUAUAACACCAGCAUGCAAGAGAAACUGCCGCUCAUCAUCGGCUCGGCUGCGGCCGGCCUCGUCUUCCUCAUUGCCGUGGUGGUCAUCGUCAUCGUCUGCAAUCGGAGGAGGGGCUUUGAGAGGACAGACUCGGAAUACACAGACAAGCUACAGCACUAUACCAGUGGCCACAUGACUCCAGGAAUGAAGAUCUAUAUAGAUCCGUUUACAUAUGAAGACCCCAACGAAGCCGUGAGAGAGUUUGCCAAGGAAAUUGAUAUAUCCUGCGUGAAGAUUGAGCAAGUUAUUGGAGCAGGGGAGUUUGGAGAGGUCUGCAGUGGGAAUCUGAAGAUGCCGAACAAGAGGGAGAUGGUGGUGGCAAUCAAGACCCUGAAGUCGGGCUACACGGAGAAGCAGCGCCGUGACUUCCUGAGUGAGGCCAGCAUCAUGGGCCAGUUCGACCACCCCAAUGUCAUCCGCCUGGAAGGUGUGGUCACCAAGAGUAGCCCAGUCAUGAUUAUCACAGAGUUCAUGGAGAAUGGCUCGCUGGACUCCUUCCUCAGGCAAAACGAUGGGCAGUUCACGGUGAUCCAGCUGGUGGGCAUGUUGCGGGGCAUCGCCUCGGGCAUGAAGUACCUGUCUGAUAUGAAUUACGUUCACCGGGACCUGGCCGCCCGCAACAUCCUGGUCAACAGCAACCUGGUGUGCAAGGUGUCCGAUUUCGGCCUGUCCCGCUUUUUGGAGGAUGACACUUCAGACCCCACCUACACCAGCGCCCUGGGGGGGAAGAUCCCUAUUCGAUGGACUGCACCUGAAGCAAUCCAGUACAGGAAGUUCACAUCAGCCAGUGAUGUCUGGAGCUACGGCAUCGUCAUGUGGGAAGUGAUGUCAUACGGGGAGCGGCCUUACUGGGACAUGACCAAUCAGGACGUGAUCAAUGCCAUCGAGCAAGACUACCGACUGCCCCCGCCAAUGGACUGCCCCAGUGCGCUGCACCAGCUCAUGCUGGAUUGCUGGCAGAAGGACCGCAACAACCGGCCCAAAUUUGGCCAGAUCGUCAACACGUUGGACAAGAUGAUUCGCAACCCCAACAGCCUGAAGGCCACGACGCCGCUGUCCUCCAGUGUCCACCUGCCCCUGCUGGACCGCAGUGUGCCAGACUUCUCCAGUUUCAGCACUGUGGACGAUUGGCUGGAUGCCAUCAAGAUGGGCCAGUACAAGGAGAAUUUCGCCAGUGCCAGCCUCAGCACCUUCGACGUGGUCUCGCGGAUGACCAUGGACGAUAUUCUGCGGGUGGGGGUGACGCUAGCGGGACACCAGAAGAAGAUCCUGAACAGCGUCCAAAUGAUGCGAGCUCAGAUGAACCAGAUCCAGUCUGUGGAAGUCUGACCCACCAGAGAAUGGCUGGGG